ACCGCUCCAAGUCUGAACAUCAUGUACGGCUCUGUUGUCUAUGCGCUCGUUCUCGCUCUCUUGAGCCGCGCCGCCGUGGCAACUCCGGUGCGCGCGACCCAGAGCACCCCACACGACCACGCGCACUGCACCACAUACGCCAGGGGUCUGCUCAGCAAUCUCAAGCUCGUGCUCGACAAACCAGAAAAGACUGGAACCAAAACACUGUUUCAUGGAUUUAACUGCACAGACCUGGAAGCAGUGGUGAACUCAAACACACAGACGGCAAGUGUGUGUCAGCCCAGUCAGGAUGUGAAAUGCUCUGAUCAAAAAACAUCGCCAUUCAGCAAGACCGAAUGCUUGCAGAACAUUGCUAAUGAUCUGAAUUAUCAUCAAUCCAUGCUCACUGAAUACGUGAGUAAUCAGAAGUUAAACUCUGAGUCUAUCAAGGAGCUCAACUCCAUCACCAACUCCAUACUUAACCUUCAGCAGCAUUGCAAACUGCUUCCCAAACCAGAGUCUUUGAAAGAUAAGUGGAGCCCCAAAAACUCCUUCGAAGACCGCAAGGACCUGUGCAAACAGCUGAAGGGCUUCCAGCUGCGCACCAUCACCAUCAACAGAGCGAUCGGUUACGUCUGCGCCGGGGAGUAUAGGAAAUGAUUCUGAACUUCCACUACAAUCAUCCUCAUCAUCAUCAUCAUCAUUUUCACAAUCUUUAUCAUCAUUUGAUAUUCACUCCAAUAACUGUUAUAUUGCUAUGUAUUUAACAUUGACUGUGUAAAACUCCGCACUACUACAGCAAGAUCUACACAACCUUUAUUUAUUUCAUCUGUGACAAGAAUGUAUAAGCUAGCUACAUCUUCCUGGUUGUGAACUGAGACCUUGUGGUGUUUUUAUAUAGUUGUUUGUCGAUUAACUUAUUUAUAUUUAUUUUCAUACAAUUCUAUUUAUUUGUAUUGGUGC